AUGGUGGACCCCUAUAUCAGAUGGAGAUUCUUCUUUGAUGUGGCUAUCAGCUACAAAGGUUCAGGAAUUGGAGCAGUUUUGAUAUCAGAAAUUCGGCAACACUACCCAAUGGCUGCAAUACUAAAAUUUCACUAUACCAAUAACAUGGAUGAGUACGAGGCUUGCAUCCUAGGCCUCAGGAUGGCGUUGGAUAUAGAUAUCAAUGAAUUACUGUUCAUAGGGAAUUUUAAUCUCCUGAUCCAUCAAAUCCAAGGAGAUCUAAUCAAAGUCCCACCGAGUGAGCUCAAUGCCAUGAGUUCACCCUGGCCCUUCAUUGCUGGGGGUAUAGAUGUCGUUGGACCUAUUGAGCCUGCCGUUUCAAACGAACAUAUAUUCAUUUUGGUUGCCAUUGACUACUUCACCAAAUGUGUGGAAGUAACAUCACACAAAUCAAUGACAAAGAAAGUAAUAGCUGACUUUGUGCGAAACAAUAUCAUAUACUGCAUCGACAUACCCGAGUUCAUCGUAAUGGAUAACGGGGCGAAUCUGAACAGUAACCUGAUGAAGGAUAUCUGCAAGCAAUUCAAGAUUGCCUAUCGAAAUUCAAUAGCCUACCGGCCACAAAUAAACGAAGCUGUAGAAGCAGCUAAUAAGAAUAUCAAGAGGAUAUUGAGGAAGAUGACAUAUAAUUACAAAGUUUGGCACCAGCAACUACCGUAUGCCUUAUUUGGAUACCACACAACAACCCGAACUUCAACAGGGGUAACCCCUUACCUUCUUGUUUAUGGUACAAAAGCAGUCAUACCGGCCGAGGUUGAGAUACCGUCACUAAGAAUUAUUCAAGAGGCGGAACUAGCUAAUGCAGAAUGUGUCCGAGCAACUGGCUUUAAUUGA